UGUAUCCGGAAAAGGUGGUACUUUCGGUUCCUGGCGCGGGAAAAAGGAAAACAAGACGCUUUGACAGAAGCUUAUGUUUACGUUUUUCUAUCGACCUUUUUUCUCUAAGUAAGAAGCGACAGCUGGACAUUAAUAAGACGUGGACAAAACGGCUGACAGGAAGACCAACGUACAAAUACCAACCUUCUGAAGUGCCUUUAAACAAUGUUGAAUACAUUCAGUUAGAAGUGGAAUAAAAGUUCACGUACAAGUUGUUGACAGACUCAAGGAUGAGGAAGUGGGAGGACCGACUGAAGAAGGUGGAGCAGCUUGCUCCGUUCCAGGUGAACCCGCUGGCGUCGCGAUACAAACCUCGACUGUGGCCAUGUCAGCCUUCCUCUGUCUGGAAGAUCUUCCCUCGUCAAAGUAUGGCCAUCAGCUUCGCUCAGUGCAGAGAGGCUGUGCAUAUUUUUGCACUUGAAAACGAAAACACACCCCAGGGUCAAAGGAUCUACCUGGUUACCAGUUACACUGAGCUCUGGCAUUACUACCGGACUUACACUCAGUCUUUGAUGCACUGCUACGAAGUGAUACCAGAGGGGGCUGUUUGUACGCUGUACUUUGAUUUGGAGUUCUACAAGCCCUCAAACCAAGGAGCUGAUGGGAUAGCUAUGGUGUCUUCGCUCAUCCAGUAUGUUUGUGACAAGCUAAUGGAAGUUUAUGGGAUCAAAAGCUCGGCCAAAGAUGUCCUCAAUCUGGACUCCAGCACAGGAGAAAAGUUCAGCCGACAUCUCAUCUUCAAUCUCCAGAAUGCAGCCUUCAAGGACAACAUUCACAUGGGCAGGUUUAUCCAUGUCAUUCUGCAACCAAUCCUGAGCCUGUCCAAAAACAGUUGUUUCCUAAAUGUUGGGAUGAAUUCAACAGCAGAAAAUGGCCAAACACGCAGGGCACAUGGUGUAUCUGAGGAGAAGCCAGCAAAGGCAGAUGAGCUGGCUGAAAGUCCACAGACCAAGAAGUGCAAGAAAGAAGACCUUAGUUUCCUUCAAGUAAAAAACAAAGAUGGUGACGGCAGCCUGUUUGUGGAUCUUGGUGUUUACACCAAGAACAGAAAUUUCCGACUUUACAAGUCGUCCAAACUGGGAAAGAACGCAGCGUUCACAGUGUCAGAGGACAACAAGUUCACUGCCAAGCCUGAGAAAGGAGCUUCUGAGGAGGAAAGUGUAUUCUUGGCUUCUUUAGUCUGUAAUUUGAGUUUCACAGGUCAGAAGAUUCUUACCUGCGACAACCGAGAAAUGAAAGAGUCAAAAAUCUUGAACUCUAACCAGCAGGGAUCUGCUGCAUUAGCAGACUCAAUCUCUGGCUAUCUGUCGUCCCCUCAUCAAGACGUGGACAACUUUGUUUUAACUUUGGUUCAAAAGAAUGGCAUACAAGGAAGCAUCAGAAGAUGGAACUACUUUGCUUCUGAGCAACUGAUCGUGUAUGACAUCGCAAAAUACCGCUGGUGUGAAAACGUGGAAAGGUUUCAUAAAAGCAACAACAUUAUGAUUGUUGUGGAUCUCAGAGAAGAAGUCUGGUACCAGAAGUGUCACGAUCCUCAAUGCAAGAACUUCAGGUCCUCAAGUUACCCUCUGCCUCAGGAGGUCUGCGUCAGAUACAUCCUGACACAGGAUGAUGAAGACCAGGCGUACUUAAUGGACAAGUCUGGCAACAUUGAGCUUUGCCAGACACCAGAGCAGAGUCUACAGAGCGUGAUACGUCCAGGGGAGGACUCUGCUGAGUGGGGAGACGGACAGGACGACCAGGACUUUUUAGAGGGCCUCGAGGACUUCGAAGGAAACAGUGGAGAAAUCUCUGAUCAGCUUCUGCUCAAAUGUAUGGCAGAUUUUGAUUCCCCAUAGAGGAUAAGGUUAGGCUGUACAGUACCAAAGAUACUGUUGACACUUGUUUUGUAGUAUUCCCAUAGUGUAAUAUUGAAUUAAUGGCUUAUAGAUGCACUAUAAACAAAUGCAUUUAUCAAAGCAUGUCCACAAUGUCAGUAUGAGGCUGCUAUGUAAACAAAUGACUGACCAAAAAAAUGAAGUAAUAUAAAACAUUUUAAAGGAAGUUGUACUGUGCAUAAAUUACACUUAAAAAACAUUCUUGUGAAGUUCAAAACAUUUUAAAGUCAGUUUUAGAAAUUACUUUCAUCCAAAAUUUGACUUUCGAAACAUUAAAAAAUGUUCAGUUACAUUCAGUACCAUGAUACUCAGUUUUUUAAAAGUAUGAAUGUGUCAUAAGUCAGACUUUACAGUUUCCAAGAUACAUUGAUUACUGCACUUGAUUGACAACUUUAAAACAAAACAAUAAUCCACAAUAACCCACCCAAAAUCACAGACUUGAUGCAGAAGGUUUGUUCAAAGUAUUUAUUUGGUACAGUGGACAAAUAAAGAUACUGUACUGGUAACUGCAGCACAAAAAUGCACCUUCAUCUUUUCAUACCCUAAGAGUUAAAAAAAACAUCAUGGCUUGAAAUGUCAAUGAAGCUUUGACAUGAUUAGCUGUGUUUAAUGAUCAUAAUUAAGUCAAAACUGUUUUGUUAAACAGCUUAAUUGCUUCUCCGUUUAACGUCAAGACUUUUCAAGGACCGUUGGUGAAAAUCAAAUGUGAAAAGUUGACGAGGACACGGAAUUAAAUUUGAAAGACUUAACAUGAACCGUGAUACCACAGUUCCAAUAAUAUUUACCCUGAAUACUCGUGUUGUGCAUUAUACAAAUGACAGUGUGCAGCUUAAUCCUGCAAACUGUGGCACUGAAAUGGGGAACUUAAAAAUGUCAGAACUGCAUCUACAGCAACAUUCAAGAUUUUUCAUGCAGUAUUAAAAGAAAACAGACAAAACCAAAGAAGGCACAAAAACAAUCUGUCAAGCAACAAGAUUCCCAAAGAGGCUAUCACUUAAAUUGUGCAUCCAAACAGGUUUAUCUCUCCUUUAGCCAACAGCACUUAAAACAUGGGAAUGGGCACGAUACUCUGCAUACAAGUAGACUUUUCAGCAGAUACACUAUUUACAGGUUUAUUGAUUACAUUAAAUAUCAUCUUAAAUACAUGGCCAAAACAUUAAAUAGUCUGGUAUAUAAAUACUCAAUAUUUGUCACUGUUGUCAAAGCGAGUUUAUAAGAUAUCCAUUUUGCAGCACUCAAGAAUAAAAAUUUGCAAAUA